GAGAGAAAGUGAGAGUGUGUGUGAGUGUGUUACAGUGUGUUACAGUGUGUCACUUGAUCAGACCUGUAGCUUCACGUUUACUCCGGAUUUAGGCUCUGUCUGCUAUUUAACUAACUCUGGACGCAAAACUUUCCGCCACUGAUGUUCUCAGCUGUGUGUGUGGAUGAGCUCAGAGGUUUCCUGAGACCCUGAGAUGGCGUCGGUCUUUCAGUCACUGGAAAAAUGAUGUUGCGCAAUCUGCUCGUCUCGCCCACGGCAAUAAAUAAGAGCUCUCGUUUCCAGUCACUUAACUUCCCUGAGGAGAACGACGAAACCAUGAGUAAAAGCGACAGAGACACUCUGCUCAGUUCCGAUUCUGUCUCCGAGGUCAGCACCGUCGACCCGCAGCCUUUACCCGCUACGACUCGGUCGCCUCACCGCGGGUCCGCCGCUUUCCACGACUUCUGCAGUAGCGAGAGCAGCAGCACGCAGUCCGGCUACGGACCGUACCAACCUCGCCUGGGCCUGCCAGCGGGCUACACCGCCCAGACGCCCUUCCCCAGCCAUGCCGAAAGCUCCUUCAGCACCAUGCAGCCUCAUAAAGACCAGUGGCUCCAUUCCAGCUCUUUUUCAGGUGGAUUCUCCAGCAACGGACGUCCGUCCUGCGUCGUGUCCGGAGAUUACUGUUCGCACUCGCUGCCAGAUGGCCACAGCUCUGACACUGCCAGCUUGGAGCAGCCUCGCUCGCUGCACUCCAUCCCUAUGGAAUUGGCGCAGCACAGCUACUACCUGCCCCCCUGCUCGUCACACGGGGCGCCGUGCUGUGGGCCGGCUCCAGGACACGCCUUCUGGAUGAAUCCGAGACCACAUCCUGACACACGCUACCACGUGCCGUAUUCGUCUUCCAAUUCCAGUAACAGUAAGCCUUCAGACCCCGAGCUCAUUCCCAGCAGGAACGAAUCGUUUCAGCCUCCGCCGAAGAGCGUUCCCAGCACCGCACCCCUGUCAUUAGAGCAGAGGAAAGUGUUUGUGACUUACGAAGCCGACAACGAAAAACACGUUAAAGAGGUCAUCAAUUUUGUGGCGCUGCUGAGGCACAACGGCUUCUACACCCACAUUGACAUGUUUGAACAGCAGUUCAGGAGCAUAAGUAAGAUUGACUUUAUGGAAAGGUACAUUACUGAGAAAGACUAUCUCAUCAUCAUCAUCAUCAGCCCAAAGUACUUCGAGAUCGUAACUAAUGCUUCAUUAUGCGUAGAGAAUGAUGAAACGCUCAACACCGUCUAUAUCCACAAACAGUUACAGAACGAGUUCAUUCAGAACGGGUGCAGGAAUUUCAGAUUCAUCCCGGUGUUGUUUCCUGGUGCCAAGAGAUGCCACGUUCCUGCGUGGCUCCAGAACACACACAUCUUCAGCUGGCCCAGAGACCGAGACGACAUCUUGCGACGGCUCAUGCGACUCGAGAAGUACAAACCUCCGCCCAUCGGGGAGCUGCCCACCAUCGUCUCCAUCCCCAUAUAGUAAAAGAAGCGUGGGACGGUGUUGAUGGUGGAGUGUUACACCUGCAUCUUGAGCCAUGAAUGGCUUUCAGCAGAAAGUGGACCCAUUAGAACCAGGAAUUGUAACCUUCUCGUUACUAUUUAUACCUUGGAACCUGUGUAUAGAGUUUCUAUGAUGUACACUCUUUCACACCUGUGAGUCUGAAUCAGAGAGGCAGAAUAACUUUGGCCGAGGUGUGUGUGUGUGUAUGGCUGAGAACGUCCUCUGAAAGCUUUUCAUCCGUUGUUUUAGAAAUGCGGCGACGAUUAAAGAUCUCUGUGCGUAGAAAUCACAAAGAUCACAGCGAACACGGAGGCGGUGCGAAAUAAACGACUCGAUGAUGAAAUGUUUUAAUCUAGUUGUUCUGUCACAUUUUGUGUGUGUUUUUUUUUUUUAUUUCCUCUGUCCACCGGCACAGAUCUCCGGAACACAUGGCUAACACAUUCCUGCAGCGCUACACCUCUGUCCUUCGGAUCAGGUCGCACCUCACGACUCAGUCGAGCAGCUCGCGUCUACAAUAAAUCCACUUCCUGUAUUCGAGUGGAAACGCAUUUCUCACUGCACGUUCAAUUUGUGGAUUUUGAAACAUUUCUAUCGUCGAGUGCACACACAUACACAAAUGAUUUAACUCCGCCCACCGUCUACCCGAGCUAAGCGUUUAACCGCCACGUCGCGCUGACCAAUCGUAGCACGUUCUCGCUCCAACACAUCGCGUUUGUUCCCGUCCUGAUCGUAAAACCGGAGUCGUACUGCACCGAGCUCGCGUAUUACGAAGGCUCUCCAACGUGGUCGAUCAGGAGCAACAUCGACAGGACGUUAAGACCAAAGGUGACUGGGCUUUCUUGGAAGCUGCUCUCAGGCUCUGGAAUAGUUUCCUUUUGCAUGUUAUUGGGAGGCUGUGGAUCAGAUGGUGGAGCGGGUUGUGCACUAAUCGUAGGGUCGGCGGUUCGAUUCCCGGCCCACGUUACUCAACAUGCUGAAGUGUUCUUGGGCGAGACACUGAACCCCAAGUUGCUCCCGAUGGCAAGCCAGCACCUUGUAUGGCAGCUCUACUACCAUUGGUGUGUGAGUGUGUGAAUGAGACACAGUGUUGUUGGAACCACUAAGGUUAAAAAAGCACUAUAUAAGUGCAGACCAUUUACCGUUAGAUCUUAAUGAUGUCAGGAUACCAAAAAUCUAGUAGUCGGUACCGAUACCACCAAAAGUACACGAUAUAAAAUUUAAAACUCCUGGUGGAGGACACCCUCCUCUGGCUCAUACUGCCAAAGAGAGAGAGAGCGGGGGGUAUUUUAGUUAUCAAACACUGUCUGACAAUGACUAAUAAAACCGUGCUAAGUGCUAAUAACAAGUGCUAAGGUGCACUCCUAAACGCGGGUACAUACACACACACACCCCUUAUACUCUGAAUGCAAGCAUUAGUUUAAAUUGACUGAUAUGGUGUCAGGAUAAUAAGAUUUAUUAAAGCGUGAACAUGUGAAUAAUUAUUAGUGACACGAGGCUACAUGUAUCUGACAGGACGCGGGCUGAACGGCGAUGCACGGUGGAACAUCAGGAGGAAGUUUAUAACACUGCAAUGCGUUAGCGUCGUUAACAAAUAACCGGCUAUCGCUAACAUUACACGGAGCGUAACGUUAGCUGGAUUCACGGACACGAUGCAGCUGCCUCAAACACACAUAAUAUAGGAGCGUCUUUCAGGUGCUUCACCAAAUUCCAGCUGUUUCCUCGCUUUGUCUGAAAUGCACGAUCGCAGCGGUUACACACCGGAAACCGAUUCUACCUUUCCUCGCAACGAGUGGGGGCGGAGCUAAACUUGUCGCCGUCUUCUGUAGUUUUUCCCGUGUGCUUGUAGGCGUUCUUCUUCACCACUUGUGGACCGACUAAAACACUUGCGCGUAUUUGCUGCCCCCUUCAGUUCUAGAAGAAUCGGUACCUCGGAACCUUCAUUACCAACAGUACCAAUGCUACUGCAGAAAAACAAGUACCGUCACGUUUUAAGAAUGUUGGUACCGACUUGGUACCGAAGUAUCGAUUCUUGUGACACCCCUGUUAGAUCUUCCCCCUCUAUUGCUUUGUUCAAAUCUUCUCUGAAGACCCACUUUUAUUUGUUAUUUUUUAAUUCAGUCUGUCGAAUUUUCAUUUGUCCAUUGGUAUUUGUUACUAUUAAACGUUUGUCUUCAA